CAAAGAGUUUAAAGAGCCAACAAACUCGAAAGACAAAACAAAACAAAACAAAACAAAAACUCAAGUUAAUUAUUUUCUUCUUAUACAUAGAUGAAUCAAGAAGAGCAUAUGAAUCAAGGACGGUAUAUUAUGAGUCAAGUAGAAGGCUCAAUGUCUUGCUUCUCCCAGACGAACUCUAGUUCCACAAUCUACAUGAAUCCCAUGAUGGCCGCGACGAGAUCAUCGGGAGAAGACAACGGCAUUUCACUCUCUCUUCUUCUGAAUCUAUCUACCAUACAAGACAAAGUCCAUGAGAUCCAAUCACUGGUCAACUUUUUCAUGAUCUCCCCUAAUAACAAUAACCAAUCCUCGGAGUCAACGUCGUCUUUAGCUGCGGCUAACGUCGAAAGUUUGGUUCAAGACAUCAUCACGGCUGCUUCUUCAAUGAUGCUUACUUGCCAACAACUCCAAAGCUCAACUAACAGCAGCAGUAAUAUUGAUACCAGUCAAACCGCAGAUGCAAUGGUUAUGGAGUUCUCCCAAGACUUCGACCCGGAUCGUGAUUUCAUGGGAGAGUCGUCAAUUAACAUUCUUGAUGUCCAAGAAAGAAGGCAUGUUUCGUUUCUCGACCAGACUACGCAGAAUCUUGACUGGUACGGCACCGAAACCACAAACCCUAAAAAAGAUAUUCAUCGUUCUAAAUCAAGAUUAGGGAACUACGAGAUAGUGGAGCUAAGCGUGGAGGAUCUACUAGCGAAAUACACACAUUACUGCCAGAUCUGCGGGAAAGGGUUUAAGAGAGACGCGAAUCUAAGGAUGCACAUGAGAGCACACGGAGACGAGUACAAGACACGUGAAGCCUUGAUCAGCCCAACAAGCCGUGACAAGAACGUCGAAUACUCGUCAAUGAGGUAUUACUACUCGUGCCCUCAUCAAGGGUGUAGAUGGAACCAAAGGCACGAGAAGUUUCAGCCGUUGAAAUCUGUGAUUUGCGCCAAAAAUCAUUACAAGAGAAGUCACUGUCCUAAAAUAUAUAUGUGCAGAAGAUGCAACGUGAAGCAUUUCUCGGUUCUGUCUGAUCUAAGGACGCACGAGAAGCAUUGUGGGGAUAUCAAGUGGGUUUGCUCUUGUGGAACUAGGUUCUCUAGGAAAGACAAGCUUAUGAGCCAUGUUUCUUUGUUCUCGGGCCACUCACCGGCCCAUGAGCCGUCGCAGCAGCAACCUCCGAUGAUCACCCCCUAAAGUAAUACCACGGCCGGAAUUGAGUUCUAAAAGCAGCAUUAUUGUUUAGUACCCUCGUGAAUAUCUCAUGAUUUUUUUUUUUUGU